AAGAAAAAUGUACAAGUCUGAAAACCCCAAGAAGAAGAAGAAGCAGAAUCCGCCAUAGUUUUCUACAACCCCAAACAAGAACCAUCCGAUCAAAACGAGAUGAUCUACCCACCCCCCUCCCAAUCCCGCCUCCUCCUCACCGACGGCGGCGGCGCCGCCGCGGAGGCGGGUACCCAUAUCUCAUCCAACCCACCACCUUCUUCCGCCGCCGCACCGCCAAAAAAACGGGCCGAGACAUGGGUUCAAGAAGAAAUUCGGGCCCUGAUAUCACUCCGCAAAGAAACAGAUUCGAUGUUCAACACUUCGAAAUCGAACAAGCACUUGUGGGAAAACAUAUCGCUGAAUAUGAGGGAAAGGGGGUUCGAUCGAUCGCCGACGAUGUGUACGGACAAGUGGAGGAAUUUGCUGAAGGAGUACAAGAAAUCGAAGCAGAACGAUGGGAAUUGCUACUCCAAGAUGAAUUAUUACAAGGACAUUGAUCAGAUUUUGAGGGGGAGGAGUAAUAAUUCCGGUGGCGGUAAUCAUUCCGGUGAAUCGAAAGUUGAUCCCUUUAUGCAGUUUGCUGAUAAAGGUAUUGACGAUGCCAGUCUUAAUUUCGGACCUGUCGAAGCCAAUGUAGAAAGACGUAAUUCGGAUCACGAAGAAAAUCAUCCUCUUGCCAUCACCGCAAGUGGAGUUUCUCCUUGGAAUUGGAGAGACACUCCCGGAAAUGCAGGUGAAGAAAGCAACACAUAUGGGGGAAGGGUUAUAGCGGUAAAAAUGGGGGAGUACACAAAGAGGAUAGGAAUCGAUGGCAAUGCAGAAGCGAUAAAAGAAGCAAUCAAAUCCGCUUUUCGAUUAAGGACAAAUCGGCCGUUCUGGUUGGAAGAUGAAUACAACGUUGUACGAACAGUCGACAGAGAUAUGCCGUUGGGGAACUACACUCUUCAUUUUGACGAAGGUUUGACGAUAAAAAUUUGCUGCUACGAGGAGUCGGAGCAGUUGCCGGUACACACGGAGGAGAAGACGUUUUAUAGAGAAGAUGAUUUUCGUGAUUUUCUGUCACGGCAUGGAUGGACUUGUUUGAGAGAGUACGAUGGUUUUCGUAACGUCGAUUGUUUGGAUGAGCUUUGCCCCGGCGAUAUUUAUCGUGGUGUCAAUCAAUUAUGAAAUCUAUAGUAUGAAACCUCGGCAAUUUAGUGAGAGAAUAAGCAUCAAAAGAGUAACUCUUUUUUUUUUUUUUUUUAAUAUAUAUAUUAAAAGUGAAGAAUCUUUGUAAGAAAUGUGGAGUAUUUGUUCUUUUGUAGAAAUACAAGUUCUAAAUUCUAUGAAUUAUGUUAAAGGUAAAUUACC